ACAGCAUCAAUCUCUCCCUCGCCGACGUUGUCAAAUGGCCCAAAGCAAACUACGUCAAUCCUCACCGCCGCAAAUGGAUGCCCGGCUACGCCUCCUUCCUCUACGCCCUCGCCACCACCUCCGUCCUCAUUCGCGCCCUCUCCCGUAUCCAGAAAGCCCGCCACAAUGGCACGCGCUCUACGACCCUCCUUGGCCUCGAUGAUAUGAUUCUCGUUAUCGGCUGGGGAACUCUCACUUGGUUCACAACCCUCAACAUCCUCGGCGCAGAGAAAUACCAAACGUCUCGCCACAUGUGGGAUGUCGAACCGUCGAUAUAUUCGCCCAUGGCGAAGAUCACCUGGCUCGCUGAGUUCUCGUUUCUGGUCUGUGGAGCCUGCGUCAAGGUCUCCGUGCUAUUGUUCUAUCGGCGCUUGGGAUCGGGCACGUAUUCGAGAGUGUGGAGUUGGGCGUGUAUUGGCGCGAUCAUUUUCACGCUGGCGUGGACGUUGGCGUUUAUUCUGGCGCUGAUCUUCAAUUGUUCUCCGACCGAGGCUUACUGGAUGGGGUUCUCGAUCAAGUAUACCAAGAAGUUCUCGUGCGUGGAUACUACGGUGAACAAUUUAUUGGCGGGGAUCAUGGCGGUCAUCUCGGAUUUGUAUGCGGUUGCAUUGCCAUGUUUCUUGAUGAGGAAAAUACAAUUGCCCAAAGCACAGAAAAUCGGGUUGUAUGCUGUCUUUUCAGCUGGUCUGUUGGUCGUGGCAGCGGGAUCUGUCCGGACAUAUUAUCUUUAUCAGGUCGGCCAUUCAUCCGAUGUGAGCUCAAUCAUCUUCGACGUCUUCGUGUGGUCUCAGUUGGAACUCUGCAUGGGAUUUAUGUGCGCCUCCGCACCCAGUCUCCGCAUGUUUGGGAGGAGAUACUUCCGUGGCCCGUACAAUCGACUCAGAAAACAUCUGGGCGCAUGCGGCGGACGCAAGCCUCAACGCAAAGGCGAGAAUUCUGGUGCCGUCGAACUAUCGAUACGAAAGAUCGACUGCCCAUACGAACAAGUUCGAACUGAAUUCAGUCACGCGAAACGAAAAACUAUGGUCGACACCAAUUUCACCGACGUCACGACACUUGUGCAACAAGAAGAAGAUGAGGAUGAUGGGACGGGACUUCAAAAACCGAAGAAAGUAAAGAUACGAGACGAGAGUAUGUGCCUACCUCCUCCAGUCUCCAUGCAGCGAGAUGAGGGCAAGAGGAAAAAACAGCAAAAUCGACAAGAGUAUUCAGAGCACUCGACGCAGGGCUCGGGAAAUACAGGUGUGUCAAUGAACAGCACGAUGACGACCGCGACGCAUGAGAGUCAGGAGAUCAAUUUGCAGAACAAUAUCAUCGUGGAUGGGAGCAACCGCAGCUGGUUGGAAGAAGGUUUCGAAGGGGAUGGGUUGAGGAUGUUGAAGUCUUAUUUAUGA